GAAAAGAUUAAAAACAAUUUUGUAGUGUACAAACCGGUCAACAAAUUGAGUUUGCUUGUUUGACUGCAGUUUCUACGGGUGUUACACACGGUAUUGAAAGAAAAGAAGGGGAUCUAUUAUCAUGUUUCUCCAUCGGCUGUGAUUAUGCGAUUCGGAUGUUCGACCUUUCCUUUCGUUUAUUUCGGUUUUGAAACGGUAAAGGUAGGGAAUGGGUAUGUUGACAGCGCGCUAAAAUAAAACACGUGGUGAAGUUGUAGUGCUUGUGGACUGUGUUUUUAAAUUUAUUUUAAAAUGGAAAAAGAUCUGAAUAUGACUUCUACAGAAGAAAACCCGGAUGAUGAUUCGUCAGGGAUAAAAAUGAAAAAAGAAUUGUCGCUAAUGGACGGGGUGGCAAUUAUCGUUGGGGUUAUUAUUGGCUCCGGGAUUUUUGUUUCUCCUAAGGGUGUUUUAAAAGUUUCUGGUUCUAUUGGAUUAGCGAUAAUAGUUUGGAUACUUUCGGGGGCUUUGUCAAUGAUUGGAGCAUUAUGUUAUACCGAAUUAGGUACUAUGAUACCAAAAUCUGGAGGAGAUUAUGCUUACAUCAAAGAAGCUUUCGGGUCCCUUCCGUCAUUUUUAUACCUUUGGGUAGCACUAUUUGUUUUGGUGCCUGUAGGAAACGCUAUAACGGCAAUCACGUUUGCCCAAUACAUCGUACAACCAUUGUGGGGCACUUGUCCAGCGCCGUAUGAAGCUGUGCGACUGAUAGCUGCAGCUACUAUUUGUAUUUUAACGGCCAUUAAUUGCUAUAAUGUUAAAUGGGUAACACGGGUCCAAGGAAUAUUCACAGCCACGAAAAUGUUCGCACUUGGAAUUAUUGUGAUUGCUGGAAUCUACUAUGCUUGUACGGGCCAUGUGGAACAUUUUCAAAGGCCUAUGCAAGGAUCGAAUUGGGAUCCAGGCCAUAUUGCGCUGGCCUUCUAUUCAGGAUUGUUUUCCUAUUCCGGUUACAAUUAUUUAAACUACGUUACGGAGGAACUUAAGGAUCCUUACAAGAAUCUCCCCAAAGCCAUCUGUAUAUCCAUGCCGGUAGUAACAAUCGUAUAUGUUGUUACAAACAUAGCCUACUUUAUUGUAUUAAGCAAAGAUGACGUUUUAGCUUCCGAGGCUGUUGCUGUGACUUUUGGAGAUAAAAUUUUAGGCAUGUUUUCUUUCCUCAUGCCUUUAUUCGUCGCUUGCUCAACAUUUGGCUCCCUAAACGGAGCGAUAUUUGCUUCCUCGAGGUUGUUUUACGUAGGAGCAAGAGAUGGCCAUUUGCCUCAAGCUAUCUGUUUGAUUUCUGUGAAGAGGUUGACACCUGUCCCGUCUUUAGUAUUUUUGGCAAUCAUCACGCUAGCAUUAGUAAUGGUAGAAGAUGUAUACGCCCUUAUUAAUUAUGGAUCUUUUGUAGAAGCACUUUUUAUUACCGUCAGUAUUGUGGGACUUUUAUACAUGCGCAGAACUCAUCCAAAAGCCCCACGACCUAUCAAAGUGAACUUAAUCCUACCUAUUACAUUCUUCAUAAUAUGCGGGUUCUUAGUAACGUUUCCGUGUUACGUAACCCCUCUAGAAGUAGGAGUUGGUGUAGCUUUUAUAUUAUGUGGUAUUCCAGUAUACUUCGUUACGAUAUAUUGGCAAAACAAACCACUUUGGUUACAGAACUUUUUUAACGAUUUUAAUAAUGGCUGUGCUAAGUUGUUUAUGUGCGUGCCUGCAGAGAGUGAGAAAGAUUUUUGAUAUAUACUUUUUUUAUUUAUUAAUUUAUUGUAAUAAGUAUUAGUACGGUGAACACGAGGGACCAAAGUUUAGUUAAACUCGAAUUCUUUUUUAUUUUUUAAAGCGCCAACACUAUGUUUCGUUGUGACCUACAUGGACAUAUUAUUUUUUAGUUAUGCGGCUUUAUGUGCCACUAAUUUAAAAAAAUUUAUUAUUUUUAUAUUUAUUUUUAUUUCGUUUAUACUAGUAGAGAAAUUUAGCUGUAACGCUCGUUAAAGGAAGAGAACAAAACAUUAUCAAAAAUCAUCUAGGGGUAAAAUACAUAACAAUAAUACAUUUGUAAUAAUACAUUUUUGAGUUAUCUUGUAAUGAUAUCUAUCCGUCAUUAAACUCUUUUGAAAAUCUGAAAACUGAACCUGAAAAUUGAACUGAAAUAAUUGAAAAUUUAAAUUGAAGAAUAGUGAUUAAACAGAAUAUUUAGUUGAUAGAAAAUUUGAGCCCACUCAACUAGAAGAAAAAUGGAAACAAAACAGGAAGUUAACAAAUGAAUAAAAUCAAAAGAAAUUGUAAUAAAAUCAUUAUUUGAAGAAAAAUAACAAACAUGUAACGUCAGACUAUAAUAUUGCAUUAUCCAAAAUAAAAUACGUAAUUUUUGAAGUUAUACUUCUUUAGGCGCAAUUGAGAGUUAAAUUUCAUAAUUCUGCGCGCAUGCGCACACAGACAGUAUGGCGUUUAGUUGGGGGUCAUCCAUAAACUACGUCGUUGAGAAGAGGUAGGGAGGGGGGCUUGCUUAUUUCGACGAAAUACGACAGGGGGUGGGGGGUAUGAGUGCACAUUCGACGUCGUUUAAUAUAUUGGUAUAUUUAAAUUUGUCGCUACUGUCUAUAAAUAUAAUUUUUUACUAGCUUUUACCAGCAUUAAAAUAUCAGAUAUUCAUAUAAAAACGUACCUAUAGUUUUUGAAAUGAAAUUGAAAAUAAAACAAAACGUUUACGAAUAAACACACCUUUGUUAAAAUUAAAAAGAAUUCUCUUAUAGAUACUUUUAUCGCAUACAUUUCGUUUUUAUCAGUCACAGCCUUAAAAUAAUAUUAGGUAGCACUUUUGUACAGGACAACAAACAAUAAGACAUUGUUUUUUGGGUUUAAACAAGCGCUUCUAUAUACAGAAAAAUGUUUGUAAGCAAACAAUAUUCAAUUGUUAGUUCAUUUAUGUGCUGCAUACUGUGUGUGAAAAAAUAGUUCUGAAAGAAUGAAUGCAAAUAAAAUAUUGUGUUAUAUUUAGUUAGUAAGUCGUAUUUAUACUUAGAGAAGAUUUAUACGCAAAAUCUUGGUUUAAUGCUAUUUAAAUGCAUUCAUUUUUUUCGAAUGCUCAGAAAACUAAUAAAAAUUUUUGAAAAAUUUAAACGCAGAUUGAGAGAUUACAUUAUUACCGAGGGCCAAAAGUUUCUGAAAACAUCUAUAAUGUUUAUUUUAAUAAGUUACAGGGAUAAAAAAAUAUUUAGUCUGAUUUUUAAGUUCAAAAAUUUAAUUCAAAAGAAAUCUUUUGUUUAUUUUAAGGGACUUUCAGCCCUCGGUAAUAAUGUAAUCUUUCAUUCUGCAUUUAUAUUUUUUAAAUAUAUUUAUUAGUUUUCUCAGGAUUCGAAAAAAGAAUGCAUUUAAAUAGCGUUGGACCAAGAUUUUGCGCCUACCCCCUUAAUUGUUCUUGUUAUGAUACAUUCGGAAAUAAAGUUUCAAGGUUGAUUAAAAAAAAACAGAAAUAACAUUUAAUUUUUUUAAAUCACUGAAAUUGGGGUCGUGAACUGCAAUGACGACGUCGACAUGGGGGGGGGGGGUUCGUCUGUAACCGACGAAUUACGACGGAAGGGGGGGAGGGUAUUAAAAAGUCCAAAUUUUUUACGACGUAGUUUAUGGAUGCCCCCCUGCUGAAUCUUUCUAGUUAUGUAUAAAUAUAUCAGUGCAAGAAAAGGUGUGAAAAUAUUAGUGUUUUUAGUAAAUAUAUUUAUUAUAAUUUUUGUGUCUUUGGAUUUGUCUUCAUCAGGAGUAAGAUGAGUAUUAUUAAAACAUUCUAUUGUAUAUUUAUUCACCUUAUAUGUUUGUUAAUACCGUGAAUUGUCAUUAGGUACGUCCGAACCGAUACAGACACAGUCCUCGUAGCGUAUUUGAUAUAGCAUUUAGUCGAGGCAUUAAAGGAUUGAAGUGUCGAUUUUUCGAAUGUUUUGUAUAAACCUAUUUACAAAUGUUUCUUCUAAAAUUUAGGAAUAUAUUAAUUUUAUAAUACAUUUAAGUAUGUAGUAAUUUUCUUUACAAUUUUUACUUACCUAUUUGUUUUUGUUUAUACCUAAUAUCGCCCGUGUCAAGCAAGUGUCUGCGUAGGCUAGCGGUAUGUGUAUCUAGUUACGGACGUGUUAGUACUUGGUUCGAUUUCCCAUAAGGAAGAAGUUUUUGUUUAUUAUUAAUGGUUAUUGACAUCUUAGCAGAGGCGUGCGGUCCAUGGAAGCGGGGGAAGCACCGCUUCUCUAUUAUAUACUUCGAUAUAACAAAAUAUAUUAUUAACUAAUAUUUAAUUAUCAAAAAUUUUCCCCAAUCCCAGUAAUCUACAUAUUAUUACCUAGGCAAUAGGCAUUGAAAAAUAUUAAAAAUUAAUCGCAUAGGAAGGAACUCAAUAUGCACUAUGCACACAAUUCAACUACAUAUUCGGUCCACCCCUGACAGAAGCGCAUCUCAAAAUCGCCGCUUGUCAUGCAGUUGUCUCGUAUACAAAUUGGUCAGGGUUCAAUGACCGCACUCACUAGUCGCGCGAAUUUUGGUACCCUGCAGAAGCGAUUGUUCGAUCGCCUUCCAAGAGUGGGAUGCUCUGACUGUUACUGCUUCUAAGGGGUGCUUAGUCUGCUUAGGUACAUACAUUCGCUUAAAGAAUAUUUCGAUUUAAAUUUUUUGCAGAGAUUUUUCCUUUUACUGAUCUUUUAUUUGACAUUUUACAGAUGAAGUCAAUUGACAUUGCAUUUUGUAUAAGACAAAUUGAUGACUUUAUUAAUACGAUAAUUAAAAAACGAGAGCAGUUUAAAAAUAUUUGGGUUAAAACUGAAAAUAUGGGGUUUGAACAUAAAAGAAAAAGAAUGAAGAUUGAUAAUGUCGACAACAGAGAGACCUUUUGAUAACAUUGUACAAAAAAUGAAUUUUCGCUUUCAAAAUUUUAACGAAUUAAAAUUUGUAGAAUUAUAUAAUAUAUUCUUAUUUAAUAUUUCUAAUUAUAAUUCAUCAAAAUUUCCCACAGAGGAAUUUAUUUCACUACGAUUAAAUAAUGAAAAUAUUUUGAUAUGCCAGCUUUGCAUUAUAAGUUAAGUGUUGUUUAUGAAACAACUCACAUUAGUGAUAAAGAUAUACUCAGAAAUCUGGGUAUUUCUUAUAACUACUGGUUUAAAAAAGUCCCUGUGUGAAGUGUCCAAGUUGUGUGAAUUACUACAAACUAUCCCAGUCACAAGUGCAUCAGUUGAACGAAGUUUUUCAGUAGUAAAAUGCAUUAAAAGUUUUACAAGAAAUUCAACAAGCGAAGACAGACUUUACAAGUCCAUUGAAAAAGACCGAAUUCAACAAUUAUCAGAAGUUGAUAGGAGAAUAGAGCUCAAGUAUAAAUAAGUGUCAUAUUGUUGAAAGUUGUGUGUUGUGGAAAAUGCCUUGGAAAUAAAAAAAAACAUUUAAAUAGAUCUCUUCUUUAGGAAACGAAGCCCGGAGCGAGGACUUAAGGCCCGAGCAAGCAAUGCAGAUCAAUGAUAGGUCACUAUAGUCACUAGAAAUAGCGGCAAUAGAGUGCCUCACGCAUUGAUCGGGCUAGGAUUUAGUGUGUGACUCCUUGUACCCAGGACGUCUCACAUAAGCACUUUGCUGAUAGAGAGCCACUAUAGCGCAUCAGAGUGUUAUCAGGUGGGAAGUGGCUCGACCCUCAACCCUUAAGAAAAUAUUUUUAUAUUUUAUAUAAAUAUUUAAAAGUCACCGCACGCCACUGCAUCUUAGGCUAUUCUAUGGACUUAAAAGUGAUUAAAAAUAAUUAAAAUAAUUAAUCGGGAUGUUGCGCAACUAUUUACCGAGUUGCAAAUUUAUAAUAAUUGCCUAUUUCAAAAUGCAUUUUUCUUGUGCACAAAUGCAAUUUCAGAUUUCUUAUUCAUUACAUUAGUUCACAAAAUUUUCUGACAUUCUCACGAAUCCAACGCACCAAACUGCAUUAAAAUCCGUCUUACUGCGCCAAAAAUCGAGAGUAAGGCCUUUUUUUGUGCUUCAAUGCCUCGACUAAUUCGGCCAGAGGUCGAAAGGUCUUGAGUUUGAAUCCAGUGCAAUCCUAUACUUUUUUUUUAUUUUUUUGAAAGCGGUAAGCACAAAAUUAAUUUGGUGUUUAAAAAAAAUUAAAACAAACUGUUUAAAGUAUAUUUAUUUUUAAUAAAUCAUAUAAUAGAAGUAUAACUUCUUACGUGCGUACAAAGUACACACACCUUCUUUUUUUAACGUAUGGAUGUCGGUCUGAAUGUUUUUCUUCUUCUUCUUUUUCGUAUACUUGUCAAUCUGUUAAUUCCGACGUUGAAGUAUUUCUUGAGAGGUAGACUGACAGCUUUCCCUCCAUCUUUUUGGUGGUCUCCACGGUGGACGCUUGCUAGCUGGUUAUCCUUCUAGCGCAAUUCUUGGUAGUUUGUGUAAAAUUCCGUUGUUCCGAUGUACUUUCAUAUUGGCUUAUAUUAAUAAAACCCAACAUAUGCCUUUCAUACGUCACAUUGCUAAAAACGGUUUUGUUCUUUCAGGAACAUAAAAAAGUAAAUUUUUUUAUGAUUAAAAACUAGAGCGUUAUACCCAAAUUUCACUACAUAAGUGUAAUAACUACUUAAAGAUUAUAAUGUGCCUUCGUUUAUAUAGAGUCGCUGCGCCUGUAAAAUACAACAUUUUUUGAAAAAUUUAGUUUAUUUCGAAUUUUAAUUCAUUUUAUGAAGUCGGGCCAACCUAAAAACCAAUGUUGUAUAAUUUCUUAACUGGUUAAGAAUAUAAGAAAAAAAUAUCUGUACAAUUCCUUGAAACAUGGUUUUAGGAAUAAUACAAUGGGGUAUAGACCCACCUCUUUUUUUGUAUGAUUUUUUUGUAGGUUUUUGCAGAGGCAAAUUUUUGCGAUAAUAACUGUAUAAUACAGAAAACACAUGUGUAUACAAGAUAUGUAUAGAACGUAAUAGUUAUUUAUGAUAUAAGUGUUAAAAGUACACGUUUAAGGCACGCAUGUGAAAGUUUGCAGCAUGAGCGAAGCGAGUUCUGCAAUUCACAUGAGUGCCUUAAAAAUGUACUUUUUAACACGCAUAUCAUACAAUAUUUUUUCUACAAACGUAAUUACAGGACAAUAUCUACAAAAACUUUUACUUGAACUUGACUGACAUUCCAUUUUAUAUUUUUUGACAUUACAUCAAAAUUGCAUAUACGGUCAAUACGAACUGCAGUGCCUUAAAAAUUUUUAAAGCACUAGUGCCUUGAAGUAGCAUUUUUAACGCUCGUAUGGAGUGCUAAAAAUUGUAUUUUAAACACGGUUGUAGAAAAAAAUAUUUAAAAUUAGGAUGAAACAAUUUUAAUUAUUCCAUUAUGAAACAUAAAUGUAUUAUAUGCGCAUUUUGAGGCAUUUAGAAAUGUAAAUAGCGAUUAUAUUUAUAUAAUCAUAUUAUUCUACUUUAAUAUUAAUAUAUUAUUUAUAAUGCUCAAACACUGUGUCAAAAUAGAGAGUUUGUAAGAAUGUGUAACAUUAAAUGUUUCGUUAAAGAAUUUAUACCAACAAAUCAUAUCAUUUGUUGACGUAUCGUCGGUUUACUGCCAAAACAACAUAACUCCACUUUUUAAACUUUUCAGAGAUCUAUGUUUUAAAGUUUAUUUAGAAAUGAAAAAUCGUUUGAAUUUAAAAAUGAUUUAAUGACCGAAGAAUAUUAAACUAAAUACCAUUGCAAACGAAAAACGUUAAAAAAAUUGUUAUAAUACAUAAAGGGAAAAUUAAAAAAAAAUAUGAAUAACUUUUUUUAUGUACUUGUCUGGUUUUGGCUGUACAAAGUUAGUCGUCUUCCAGGUUACUUUGUCACAUCACUGUUCCCAUUAUCGCUCAUAUUUACAGGGCGAUCUUAACCAAAAAUAUUUAUUUCUUUAUACAUACUCAGAAAUGUGAUCGAACCUGACAACAUAUACCUGGUUUAGAUUUUAAAUGUGUCAAGCAUUUUAUUUAUAGCAGCUAUAGUAAUAGAUAGCAAUAGAUCCGCUAUAGUAAUAGAUAGCAAUAAAAGUUAAUAACAAAAAUUUUAGCCACCUUUGAGCUUCACAUUACAAAAUUAGUUAGAAUGUUACAGGGUGUUCGAUAACACAGUGGCAGACCAAACUUAUGUUUCUUUAAAUGGAACGCCCUAUAUUUUAUUUUAAAUUCAAAAUCCCGUUAACUUCUCCAUCACAAAAAUAUAAAGGUUUGUUAUGUUAUACAGGGUAUUUACAAAGUUAUAACCAAUUUUAUAUGAAAAUCGUUCAACUCCCUGUAUAAAUAAAAAUAAGCAAAACAGCAAUGAUUUAUUAAUGCCUUAUUUUUUUACGUAUUGUCAAAAUUUUCAAUAAUGAUUGAUAUUGCUAAUUUUCUUUAUAUCAAAUACAGGGUGAGUCAAAAUGCAAGUACAUUAUUUUCUCAGUAAUUUUAAAUGGAACACCCUGUAUUUUAUAUCACUAUUGAAAAGUACCAUUACCGUACUUUAAUUUUUAGAUAACAUUCCCUAUGCCUAAAUUUAUAAGCUUUUGAGAUAUUUUCAUUUUUCAACGGACCAAUAGCGUGGCCACCCAAAUCACCAGAAUUUAAUAAACUGGACUGAUUUUUUUGGGGUUACGUUAAUAAUGAAGUUUAUAAAAUACCUCCAAUACAACAAGGGAUGAGAUGAAAAAUAGAAUACAAAGUGUAUUUCGAUGUGUUAAUUUACAAAUGCUUCGUAGGGUAAGUAGCUCAUUCAAUGAUCGUUUUUAGGCGUUCACAAAAAUAUGUUAGGAGAUAAUUUUGAACACCUUAUGUAAUUAAAUAUUAAAAAUAUUUUAUUAAAAGUAGCUCCUAAUUUUUUCAAACAUGUUUUUUUGCAAAAUGUAUUACUGACAAAUUAUUGUUCGUUGUUUAUUUGUUACAUUGCUACAUUUACAUACAAAAGUAGUGGUUAAUUGUCUUCACAAAAUGUUGUAUUUUGUGUUGGUGUGUUUUUUUGUAAAAUUUAUUACUAAUUUUCUUUCUUUAUUUUUUACAUUUACAUAAAAAAGCAGUUUUUAAUUGUUUCAAAAAAUGUUGCAUGUGGUGGUUGUGUUUUUUUUUUGUAAAAUGUAUUACUAAUAAAUUAUUUUUAUUUAUUUAUUUGCUACAUUGUUACAUUGAUUACCGGAUUGAUAAUCAGUAAUCAUCAAUUGUCAAAAAAAACACCAAAAACAGAUUGAAAACAAUGGGAAACCUUCUCUGGUAACACCUCUGAGGCUUCUACAAUUUGCAAGCCAUAACGGAUGCUGAGACUAAGGAAGAUAAGGGAAUUUUACAAUUUAUAAUUCACGUCCCAUCUGCUCAGCGCGGUAAAGUUUCAACGUGAAUGGUUCCCUUCGUACUCCAAUCAGAGUAAACAUGUAAAUCAAAAAUGGAUAACCAUUUUCAAUUUCGUUGCAACACGAAACUGCAGCCGCAUCAUUAUUCCAGUUCAAUCAGAGUGCAGCAAGCACCCCUACCGGUUUCGAAACUUAUUAGUCUCUCAUCAGGAGGCACAUAUGCUGCUCUCUCUGACCCAACUAGGACAAACCCCGGCAUAUUUACUCUGAUUGGAGUACGAAGGGAACCAUUCUCGUUGGAACUUUACCGCGCUGAGCAGAUGGGACGUGAAUUAUAAAUUGUAAAAUUCCCUCAUCUUCCCCUCGGGAGGUGUUACCAGAGAAGGUUCCCAUUGUUUUCGAUCUGGUAGGAUGUAGAGUAACAUUUUUGGAUGUUGUUUUAUGUGCUAUUAGAUUGAAAAUUUAGAUUUUUGCUAGCAGUUGCCGCUAGGGAAUCGCUGCCAUCCCUGCCAUUUCGUUCGUUGCAAUCCGUGACUGCACGCCGGGGUUUGUCCUAGUUGGGUCAAAGAGAGCAGCGUAUGUGCCUCCUGAUGAGAGACUAAUAAGUUUCGAAACCGGUAGAGGUGCUUGCUGCACUCUCUGAUUGAACUGGAAUAAUGAUGCGGCUGUAGUUUCGUGUUGCAACGAAAUUGAAAAUGCUUAUUCAUUUUUGAUAAAAUAUUUUAACAGAAAACUGCACAUGUCUGUUUUUGGCUGAAUAAAAGUGUCGUCACUGGAGUUAGUCUUUUUUCAGCUCCUUUGUUUCCCCACAUUUAAUGUCUGUUUGGACGUGCUUGGUUUUUUCAAUAUAUUCUUUAAGAAAUUUCAUGCUUAAAGGGAGUAUUUAACUCAGAAUCGACAAAAAGUGGAGUUAGCUUGUUUUGGCAGUAAGCCGACGGUAUACUCGGAACCUAUUUUUGUUUAUGAUUUUAUGUGAAACCAUAUGACGUAAUAUGUAUGGGACCAAAAAUUAAGUUUUUAACUAAUAUAAUGCUUUGUACAAAAUUUUUAGUGAUAAUAGUGGUAAGAAUGACCUAUAUUGUCUUAUUUAUUCAAUUAAUACGUGAUACCUAAUAUACUGUACCACAACGAAAGUAAAAUAUUUACUAUUGUCAUGAAAUUUUUUUUAUUAAUUAAACCAAUUGAACACUGAUAUCUUCUAGAUGUAUAUAAUUAUGUUGUAAGAUCUAAAACAAUGGUAAUUAAAUUACAAAUAAAAAUUUUUAUCCUUAAGCCGCAUCCUCAUUGAGUUGACAUUGUCGAUCGACUCUGUCUAUCGACACUGUCGACCGACAAAUCGAAAAAGCUUUCGCAUAUCCACACCAGGUAGGCAGAAUUUUUGUCGACAGUCGAAACGAAAAUGUGUGACGAAGAUGACACCAUUUUCAAAGUAGAAAUCGGUAUAGCGGUAGUAAUCUGAUGGAAGAAUUUUCCUUAGAUUUGUUUUUAAUUUGUGAGCUUCAAUAAAUGCCAUCACUUUUUCUUUUUCCCAUUCCAUUUUGCCGACAAGUACAAAACACGAGACUUUAGAUGAGGCAGACUACGCCGCAAGCUGAAUUAUUUUCACUGUAUUUUUACCAAUGUCGAAGGUCGAAUGCUAUCUAGCACGUCCACACUUCGGAUUCGACUCGACUACCCUUUGAUUUUACCGAGAGAGCAUGGAAAACCAGUCGACACGUCGAUCGACAAAGUCGAUUGCCGCAUACACACUCAGUCGAGAGUGUCGAUAAACAGAGUCGAUCGACAACGUCGACUCGAUGAGGACGCGGCUUUAGAUGCAAUGUACUUUUCGCAAUCGAGACAGAGUAAUAAAUCAACAUCAACACCUCUACUUGUGUCAUCUCUUUUUAUUUCACAACGUAUUAUGUUUUCCGUCUUUUACGUUAUUUUGCCGGCUAUUAGCGUGCUCAUCACUGUAUACUCUAAUCCAAAACAUAGUUUGGUUUUUUGUUUUCCUUUCAAAAGGACAUCGCACACAUCUUAUGGAAAAUAUAAUGUCACUCAAAUUCAAUAAAAUUUAUACGAAUAGAUUCGUUUUAAAUUAACGGUCAAAUCUUAUCAUUGCGCCAACUCUUAAUUAUGAUUAAUUACGGCGCAAAUUGCAAUUAAAGUUUAUCGAAAUCACAUUUUUGGAGUCAGUAAAACUGUCAGUUACAAUCACUAUUGCUCUGGGUGCUAUUCAAAAGAGCUUAAACCCCGCUGGGCCUAAGCGGAUUAGUGAAACUAAUCCGCUGAUUUAUGGAGUACCGACAAUUUGGGUAUUAUAAAAUAUUUUUUGUCUCUCUAACUUAUGUACGUAUCCAUUUGAUUUCAGAUUUAUUUAUAUCAAUUUCUGCUCUUAUUAUUGAAAAUAUGGAGUUGGCGCAAUGAUAAGAUUUGACCGUUAAUUUAAAACGAAUCUAUUCGUAUAAAUUUUAUGGAAUUUGAGUGACAUUAUAUUUUCCAUAAGAUGUGUGCGAUGUCCUUUACUAUAUUAUUCUCCAGAUUUAAGCCAUACUGCUCUCUUUUUGAUCAUUUCAGAUAUCUACAGAAUCAAAAGCAUUGAGCUCUGGUGGGGCUCUUUUCGUGUUAUCGAGCCCUAGGUGACUUGGUAUGCUGGAGUAUCUCUCAAAUAUUUUCGUACACAUCUGGAUAUCGAGAGUUAUACAGCUUUUUGCAUGGUCUUAUAGAGAUGUUCACCAAGAACCAGCUGUUUCAUGUUCUCUAUGAGAUUCUUUGAAAUGAUUACAGCACUAGAGAGAAUAUAAGGUCUUGGCUAGGUGCUUUCAUUCUCCAUUGUCUCCUUAUGUGUAUCUCAAGAUCUUUGUACUUGUACAGAACCGACUAUAGUGUUCUAAUGUCCUACAUAAGAAAAGUCAAUUACCUUACAGCUCAGGCUUCCCCUGCGAUGAGACACCACCUGCAGUCUCCGUCACUGUGUCACUGCACCCGGGUCCCAGCUUCUACACUCUAGACGACAACUUCGAACAUUGUUAGUACGGUAUUACGCGAAUUCGUAUUUUUCUCCGCGGAUCACUAUUGAAAAAUUCGCACCCGAUACCCGAUCGCACUCUUUCCGCAAAGAAUUAACCUGUAACUUAAAAAUGCUCCUCGUUCGCUCGUCGUUCACACACACGCCAAGAAAAAAAUUCAAAUCGUCCUUCUUCGUCGGUUGUCACAGCACACUGCCCCGAAAAAACCAAAACGUUAAAAUAAUUCUUGGAAUCUGUUCAUAUCGUCUAUUAAAAGUUUUAACAUCGAAAAGAAAAAUAAACUCAUUAAUCUUUAUCACUAUUCUCAAAAGUGUCCCGCAGGUAUUCCGAAGUGGUUCACCCUUAUCGCGUGUCAUAAAAAUUUAAUUACCAGCCCCAGAUGAAAAGAUAUCGGAUUACGCGUAAAGAAUUUGGAAAUCCGACGAAUAACAUAUUAACUUCGUUAACAAUUAUAAAACCAGAGACGUUACAGUACUUAACGAUCUUUCAGUUGUAACUAGCACGAAGGUUAUUGUUGUUAGGUAUUACCAUAUCAACCAGUGUUCUUUGUUUAGUUAUUAUGUCCCUUUGGUUGGUCGGAGAGCACAAUGCGGUCACGGUAUAGCCUGUAGUUGUCAUUUUCAAGCAUUUUCUGUCAGGGACGUAUUGAUAUUAAGGGAAAUGGUUGGUUUGGAGUAGUCCCGGUUUUUUUGGCUAGUUCUUGGUGAAUAAUCUUUCCUAUUGAGUCAUGUCAUUCUUUACAAUCAUUUGCGACAAACACCUGGCAAUCCCCGUUAAAAUAUUGGAUGGUUUUUGGGGUUGACGUCCAUAUCGGCAUUUGUUAUUUUGGACAUGAGGGUCUUUGACGAUAUAUUUCAGGUAAUUUUUGUUUGGUAAGUUGGUAUAAGCUGAUCCUGAAUAGUGACUAAGGAACCUUCAAUUUCAGAGAACAUCAUUUCUGAUGUAAGCCAAUAGUUGGACGGUAUUGUCAUAUUCCUGGCUGAUCUCAUUGGGAUGUCGCCCAUGAAGUGGUUUACCCAUCCAGCUGCGCAUUUUUUUCUUGCUUAGAAAGAUAAUUUUAUGCGCGUGCCAUCUACUGUACAAAUUGCGAUAUGUAAAGUAGAUAGCCUGUUUAUGAAAAUAAGUUCUUAAAUUGGCAAUCUGUUUUUCCAAUUGUUCACCUAUGUAAAGUAUUUUUUAGGUUUACGAAGCAUAAAUAUUCCAUUCUAUUAUGUUCAAUUUCUUUUUCUGUGAUUUGUCUUAGUACAAACACGGCGUAUAGGUACGCACAAUCUUCUGGAUAUGAACCCCUAUUAUUCGUCUAAAAGUGUCUGAUCAAUUUAUUGUUUCUUAUUUGUUUGUUAAAACUUUUGUAGUAAGCUUGAGUGUGGUGUUCAGUAGUUUUAUACAGUUGCUGUGGUCUUUGUCUCGUUUUUUAAAAAUAGGUAUCAUUCUACAUGCCUCUGGUAUCUUGCAUUGUAAUAAUAAUUUUUGGACAAGUUUGUCAUAUCUAGGGUCAUACUUUCUCCGUUUAAUUCCUCUUGUGUAUCUUAAAAACUUCUGAUGAGUUUAAUAUGUACCAUAUUGAAAAGAUGAUAGGUAUGUAAUUUGGUUUGGUCACAAACAAAAUGAACUUAAAAAUAUCAUCAAGAAAUUAAUUAUAUAAUAAUUUAUUAUUCUGAUUAGGAAUAAUAAUAAAGUAAACGAGAAAACCUAUAUCUAAGUUUAAACACGAACUUUGUAUAAUAGCAUGUAAUAGUUUGCAUAAAUUUCACAAGUAAAUAGUUAACACUGUUGUGAAUUUCUGUCUACCUCAACAUUCGGUCUAUGCGGUCUCAAAAUAUGCGGUCUACCCUCGCGUUUCUGCUAUAGCUUGCGGUCUACCGAGGGAUGCGGUGUAUAAGCUAUAUUAUAUUACAAUGCCGAAAAAAAUCUUUGCCAGUGUAUAAAACAAUAAAACCUAAAUACUUAAUAAUAAUUUAAUUUGUCAUAUCAAUUUGCUCUUUUAGUUGAAAAUAAACCAAGUUUGUGGCUUAUUUCCAACUAAAAUAGUAAAUUGAUAUAACAAAGUACAUAUUAAUUUGUAAAAUUAAAAUAAUUCUUCUUAUGCGUUUUAUUCACUUUGUAAAUAUUGUUUUUGUUGGUAUUGUAUACAUGUGCUGUUAAUCACCAUAAUCUUUUCUAAGAAGGGUUUGCAAACAAUAAUGAAAGGCACCUUUGUAUGCAAAAUGUUUAUUGCUAAGUACUAAUAAACAUUUUUUAUACUACUACUAUUUAGGAAUAUAGGUACAAUAAAUUUUAUACAAAUUUAGUUUCUUUCAUAUUAUGCAAAUAACACCGUAAUCUUUUUCCAGGGUAAUAUCAUUCUUUCUUUUCAAAUAAAAUGGCCUUGUAAAUUUACAAAAAUUAGUGAAGUCUUAACUACUUUCAUUUUACAUUUAUUUUGCUCCAAAUGUUUAUUACUUGUGAAUAUAUAUUUUUUCAAAUUUCAUUUUUUUUGCUGAAAGAGUUUUCUUGCAUUCCAUUAUUUUGUGCAAAUUCUUCAGGUAAAUCGCACCUUUGAGGUAGACUGUUUACUAUAGUAGAUAGCAACAAAAAAUGUUCCUCCUUCUUUUCAGACUGAGGCACAUCAGUUCAAAAUAUUCUAUAAUAGUACUGGGUCAUUUAUAACGAAUCUACCUACUGUAAUUUGUUUUUGUAAAAUCCGAAUUAAAUUCAUAGUGUUACGUAGUUUUAUUCAGUAUUUAUGAUUUAAUUUAAUUCCAAACUUUAUUUUUAUGUUUAAAAAUAAAUUGUUUAAUAUGUAAUUAUACGAUAAUAAACUUGUUACAUUUUUA